CGGGCCGGGGGCUCGGAUGGGGGCGCGGCACAGGACGGCUCGGCCGGGCCAGGGGCCAGAGGGCUUCGGGGAAGGCGACGGGCUCGGCCCUGGGGGCGAAGGGCUCCAUAGGAGGCUGUGAGGGAUCCCGGAGGGGAGGGGGCUCUGUGAGGGCGGCUGAGCGCUGCCCUGUAGGGGAGGGGGCUUUGUGGGGGCUGUAGCCUUUACCCUAUAGGGGAGGGGGCUUUGUGGGGGCUGUAGCCUCUGCCCUAUAGGGGAGGGGGCUCUGUGGGGGCUGUAGCCUCUGCCCUAUAGGGGAGGGGGCUCUGUGGGGGCUGUAGCCUCUGCCCGAUAGGGGAGGGGGCUCUGUGGGGGCUGUAGCCUCUGCCCUAUAGGGGAGGGGGCUCUGUGGGUCUCUGGGCUGUGCCCUAUAGAGGAAGGGUCCCUGUAGGGGCUCUGGGCUGUACCCUGUAGGGGAGGGGUCCCUGUGGGGGCUCUGGGCUGUGCCCUAUUGGGGAGGGGGCUCUGUAGGGGCUCUGCCCUAUGGGGAGGGGUCCCUGUGGGGUCCAGCGGCACUAACGGGACUCAGAGCGGACCGGGAAGGGGAACACCGUGGAUGAAGCCCUAAGGAGAGCCGGGCUCUGUGGGGAACGGGGGUCCCGGGGGGGCCGGGCAGGGAUGGCCCUUGGGUGGGAGGAGGUGUGGGGACAGCGGGGCCACCAACGCUGGAGCUGCCCCGUGCCCGCAGGUGACAGCGGAGCCCUGGGGAUGCGGGGCCGGGUCCCGGGAAUAUGCGGAGCCCUGGGGAUGCGGGGCCAGGUCCCGGCCCUGCUCGGCCUGGCCCUGGCCUUGGCAUCGCUGCUGCCCACGGCCGGAGCGCGCCGGAGCCAGGACCUGCACUGCGGAGCCUGCCGGGCGCUGGUGGAUGAGCUGGAGUGGGAGAUCGCCCAGGUGGAUCCCAGAAAAACCAUCCAGAUGGGCUCGUUCCGCAUCAACCCCGACGGCAGCCAGUCGGUGGUGGAGGUGCCGUACGCUCGGUCCGAGGCGCACCUGACGGAGCUGCUGGAGCGCGUGUGUGAGAAGAUGAAGGAGUACGGGGAGAAGCUGGACCCGAGCACGCAGCGCAAGAGCUACGUGAGAGUCAUCUCCCAUGAUGGCACCAAGAUGGACCUGUCCGGGGUCAAGUUCGAUGGGGAUGUCACCUCCAGCCUGAAAUUCGCGUGCGAGAGCAUCGCUGAGGAGUACGAGGACGAGCUGAUCGAGUUUCUGUCACACGAGGCUGAGAACGUCAAGGACCGGCUCUGCAGCAAGAGGACGGACCUGUGUGACCACGCGCUCCACAUCCCACACGAUGAGCUGUGACUGCCUCGGGAGCGGGGACCGGGACAGCACUGGGACCCACCGGGACGUCCCCGGGACCCACUGGGACAUCCCCGGGACCCACUGGGACGUCCUUGGAACCCACCGGAUUGUCCCUGGGACCCACUGGGAUGUCCUUGGAACACACCGGGACAUCCUUGGGACUCACCGGGCAUCCCCGGGACCCAC